UUUGCAGGUGCUGAUAUUGUGCAGUGGCUUAUGAAGAACCUCAGCAUUGAGGAUCCAGGGGAAGCAAUACACUUGGGAAGUCUUAUCGCUGCACAGGGUUAUGUCUUUCCAAUCUCAGAUCAUGUCCUUACCCUGAAAGAUGAUGGGACGUUCUAUCGUUUUCAGGCACCGUACUUUUGGCCUUCAAACUGCUGGGAACCAGAAAACACAGAUUAUGCCAUCUAUCUUUGCAAACGGACCAUGCAGAACAAAGCUAGGCUGGAGCUGGCGGAUUAUGAAGCCGAAAACUUAGCAAGACUUCAGAGAGCAUUUGCAAGAAAGUGGGAGUUCAUCUUCAUGCAAGCUGAGGCUCAAGUGAAAAUCGACAGGAAAAAGGAUAAAACAGAAAGAAAGAUUUUGGACAGCCAGGAAAGAGCAUUCUGGGAUGUGCACAGGCCUGUGCCAGGCUGUGUGAACACCACAGAAAUGGACAUUAGAAAGUGUCGUCGUAUGAAAAACCCACAGAAGGUGAAAAAGUCAGUAUAUGGGGUUACAGAGGAGUCUCAGCCCCAAAGCCCUGUACACAUGCCCUCCCAACCUGUACGCAAAACUACAAAAGAGGAUUUCCGGAAACAGAUAACUUUCCUGAACAUGCAAAUAGAGAGACAUUGUUUAAAGAUGUCCAAAGUAGCAGAAAGUUUAAUAGCCUACACAGAGCAAUAUGUGGAAUAUGACCCCUUUAUACCUCCUGCUGAACCUUCCAAUCCCUGGAUAAGUGAUGAUGCAGCGUUGUGGGACAUCGAAAUGAGCAAAGAACCUAGUCAACAGCGUGUGAAAAGGUGGGGCUUCUCCAUGGAUGAAGUGCUGAAGGACCCAGUAGGACGAGACCAGUUCCUUCGUUUUCUGGAAUCAGAAUUCAGUUCAGAAAACCUCAGGUGA